AAUGUGUGUUAAAAAACACUAAUGUAGAAAUACUACAGUGUGUCAGUGAUAGUUUGUUUUGGAGUGCAGUCCAGUAGGUGGCGAUAAACAACAUUUCGUCCGGAAGAAUGAGAAGAAGUCAGAAAAUGGCGAUUUCCGGGUCAGGACUGUGAGGUUUAAGGCAAAUCAUACAAAUCAGACUUGCACUGUGUGGAAUUCUUUACGAUUCAUUUCAUCCUGCUGCUGCUUUAAGGAUCUACUUCAACCAUGUCUGCUGACAUCAUGAAAGACCCCUCUGUCGUGUUUGUCCGUGGCCCUGGUGAUGGCAUGGAGACGGCCAAACCUGCGCUGAGCCCGGAGAUGUCUGUGGAGACUCUGCCUCUAAAGGUAUCUCUGCCUAGACAGUGUCCCAGGACUGCGCCGGCGUCCCCUGGUGUCCUUCACCUGGGAAAAGUGAACAGGGAGUCCUGCGCUGAGGUGGAGGCCGUGCGCAUUGUUGUACCACGUGCUGCCAUCGUCCGGACCGUGCGAGCCGGUGCCCACGCUGACAGCAAGACGGAUGAAAGAGGAUCGGGGUUUCCCAACCAUGGUGAGGAUCGUCCUCCGUCCCCUUCCUCAGAGCCACAGGACUAUAAGAGCGUUGUGGAGAAGCUGCAGAACUCUGAGCGCAGGCUGCUGCAGGACAAAGAGGGGCUUUCGAACCAGCUGCGUGUUCAGACCGAGGUAAACAGAGAGCUGAAGAAACUUCUUGUGGCCUCAGUAGGCGACGACUUGCAGUAUCACUUUGAGCGACUGUCGCGAGAGAAGAACCAGCUCAUUCUGGAGAACGAGGUUCUGGGCCGCAACCUGGCGCACACGGCCGAGCAGCUGGAGCGCAUGAGCAUUCAGUGUGAUGUGUGGAGGAGCAAAUUCCUCGCCAGCCGAGUGAUGGCUGAGGAGCUGACUAACGCCCGAGCUGCUCUCCAGCGACAGACCAGAGAGGCUCAAACUGCCAUCCAGGACCUGCUGCGUGAGAGAGAGGAGUUCUCCCGAGACAUGAUGCACACACACAGGUCUCUGGAGCAGCUGCUAGUCUCGCUACAGUGGGGUAGACAGCAAACCUACUACCCCAGCGCACAGCCGCUCAGCACCGGAGAACUGGCCGCGGCCAAUCACAAGCUGGCUGACGCCAUCAAUUCGCAUCUGCUGGGAAACAUAGGCAAGAGCAGCACUAGUGUGAAGAGCAGCUCAGCUUCUGAACUCUGCAACACACCGGCUGAGAAAAUGGCUGAAAAGGUACUCAGGAUUCUGGAUCCCAUAUCCUGCCCAGACACCGGGGGUGACUCGACCACUACCGACUCCACCGCUUCUCCUUUCCUUCAUAAUAAGAAAAGCAUCGGACGUUUUCACCCGUACACUCGCUAUGAGAACAUCACCUUUAACUGCUGCGAUCGCUGCACUGGCGAGCUGCUCGUCCUCUAAGACAAGCUCAUAUUAAAGGAAUACUCCAAUGUUUUUUUUUUUUAACCCAUUUACUUCAUCUGUAGUGUUUGUGAUUACUAUAAACAAGAACUUUGACACUUUUGCUUGUACAGAAUAGAGACCAAAAAAAACAGGAAAACCUGUUUACCUGAAAUCUACUUCUAAUAGAAGUCUAAGGGCAGAUGUGGAAUUCCGUCAAUAAGGAUUUAAAGCUGUAUACUCGACUAUAAUACACGAACAGGACAAUUUCUGAAAGGACAAAUUAUCCAGAUUUAAAGCUACAUGUACAAACGGCUUUGAUUAAAGUAGUUAUGAAAGUGUUUUACAUGUCUAUCAGGUGCCCCUAGACUUCCCUUCUAAGUGAGCUUUAAGUAAACGGAUUUUCUGUUCUUUUCUCAGUAAAGCGUUUGUCUGAGAUUUAUAAAUAUAUGCAUUACAGAUGUGGUCAAUAGAGAUUAGAUUAAAAAACCACUGGAGUUUCCCUUAAAUUACACUUUGUUACACUUCCUAUUUUCUUUUCUUGUUAUCUUGGUUUUUUUUUUCAGUCCAGAUCUGUGAUACUAAUACACAUGAGUGCAAAAGUUUGCAUACCCUCAGGACAGAAAUGUAGUGUGCUAGGAUUUCUACAGAUGUUCCUCCAUUAGCACAGAGUUUGUCAUGUGUAGUCAGUUUCGCAUCUCCCUUCUGAAUGUGAAUAAUGUAAAUAUUCUCUAAUGACAUGUUUGCCCGUGCUUUGCUCUUAAAACCAUCCUCCGAGCAGCUCUGGGAUCCUCACUGUAGCCCCAUCAUGCUUUCUUCCUCCAUCCCUCCAUCUUUCUUCCUUCCAUCUGUUACAUCUGCCAGAUUGUUUGGCAGAUCAUUACCCAUUUUCCUACUAUAUGUUAUAAUUCUGCUACCUUUUCCUUUUUAAAACGUUAGGGAUGCAAACUUUUGUCCUUCACUGUAUCAGAAGAUACACAUCCGCUAUACUGUAAUAUAACUAUACGCCUGACUUUUUACUUUUUUAUAACAACUGAUUAUUUGUACUAAAGCCGGACAUGACACUAUAUCACUAUAUCUAUGUUGGAUUUUCUGAUCACAUUUGUGAACUGAUGAUUUCAUUGCAUUAAUUUGAACAAAAUAUGAUUAACUUCUUUUGGCUCAUGCGAGUGCAGCGUUGAUUCUC